AUGAAAUUCCAGCCAUCCCGCCAACAUUCGGAGGGGUUUCUUGCCAAGCAACUCCGAAGAAUCGUUCCUCUAUGCAUUGCCUGUCUUAUCCUCCUACUUUACCGCAAUGCCGUGGUCGGCGGAUCCGGCGAAAAUGCUCCAUCGGCCGUGGAAAAGUUUCCUCGAAAGAUUUGGCAGUCAUGGAAAGUCGGCCCCCUCUCGUUCGAGCAGAGAGACUCGGAACGGGCAAAAACAUGGACUGUCAAGAAUCCCGGCUAUAGAUAUGAGGUGCUCACCGAUGAUAACGCCAUGGCAUAUGUGGAAGGACACUUUGGUCCGUUGGGCCUCAAUCGGCCGGAUAUUGUGCAUACCUACAGAUCACUCAACGACAAGAUUAUCAAAUCAGACCUUCUAAGAUACCUCAUUAUGUAUGCGGAAGGAGGCGUGUACGCGGAUAUCGAUGUCGAGGCCCUGAAGCCUUUGGAGCUCUUCAUUCCGGAUCGGUUCCACGAGAGAGAUCUUGACAUGGUGAUUGGGGUCGAGACGGAUGAACCAGGGUUCUUGGGCCACCCUGUCCUCGGUUCAAAGUCACAAUCGUUCUGCCAGUGGACGUUCAUCUGUAAGCCGCGGCUACCGGUCAUGAUGAGGCUCGUAGAUGGUAUACUUGCCUGGCUUAACAGCAUGGCCAAAGAGCAAGGGAAGUCCAUUUCAGAGCUUGAAUUGGAUUUCGACGAGGUUAUUAGCGGUACUGGACCUUCCGCUUUCACGAAUGCUAUUCUUGCCGAGAUCUCCAAGAUCCGAGGUGAGAAGACGAACUGGAACCACUUCCACGGCAUGCUGGAAGCGAAGGCCGUCGGUCGAGUUCUAGUGCUCACAGUGGAGGCGUUUGCAGCUGGUACAGGGCACUCCGACUCUGGCAAUCAUGGAGGCAAGAGUGCACUCAUCAAGCAUCACUUUCAUGCGUCGUCCUGGCCUACAAGCCAUCCUCGAUACAAACACCCUGUUUAUGGCGAGGUGGAGAAAUGUAACUGGAAUCCGGAGUGCGUCAAGUUAUGGGAUGCAAACACCAAGUUCUUCGACUCGCUUCCUGCCCAAGAGCAGGUCAAACUGAUUGCCAUGAAAGAGCUCGAGGAUGCAAAUGCUCCGAGGUCCGGAGAUGCACUUCAAGGCGGCGGAGGCCAGGCCAUGCACCCAGGUGGCGCCGUUGCAUUCCAGGCGCCCUUCAUGGACGACACUGACGAUUGGUUUGCGGGCGAUGCGAGUUUCGAGGGAGAUCGGUCGCCAGAGUUCGCGGUGCCUGGGGAAGAUUUCGCAGUGAGGCCAGCUAUGAGAGCUGAUUCUGAGCCUGAUACGGACCCAGACGCCCAACCCUGGGACAAAAACAAGCAGCCAAAGCCGGCCAUCAAGCUAGAAGUCAAGGAGGCACAAGGGUGA